GCAGGUCUGACGCAGCCAUGGCGAUGCACCGGCGCAUCGUGUGUGUCCUGAAAGGUGGGGACAAGACAGAGGACCUUACAUCUGAAGAGCAGCACGAGUUGAAGCAACAGGCACUCGAACGAAUCAAGAAGCAAAGAGAACAGCAGCAACAACAGCAGCAUCAGGAGGUAGACGCCAAUGCAAUGGAGGAGCGGCCCGACCAGGCGACAGCCGAUGAUCAGGGCAUCGUCCCAGCGGGUGGGGCUCACGCACACACAACACAUAUCUGCCUGUCUGACACUAGUACGUGUGUUUCUGUCCCUCUCUCCCGUCUCCCUCCUGCAGAGUUUGAGGUGCCUCCGAUGGAAGCGCCAGACACGCGCCCUCCCCUCGCCUCCAUUAACACGCAGGAGCCUCCCGCCGCCACACAGCCCACCAAGAAGCCACGCCGCGCGGCCCGCUCCAAGUCACAUGGGGCGAGGCUGGACCGACUGACAGUGCAGGAGCGGCUGGACGACACGCGGGAGCAGCGUGUGCUGGAGAGGUUCAAGCGGGCGAAUGCCGAUUGGCAGGGGCUGAGGGAACGGCUGGCGCAGAGGUCAGGGAGUGGGUGUUGUGUGUUGUAUGAGUGGAUGAGAUGAUUGAGCUGGAUGAGCAUCGAUUGGACUGUCUGUUGCCUCAUUUCAUGGACAUGCAGGCUGAAUGUUGGCAUCGAGGACUUGGCCGUCUCCCGGGCGGAGGAAUAUCGGGAGAAAAUCGAGGUGACAAGACGGAAACACAUGCAGAUCAGAUCCACUUCACCACUCCUUCUUAGAAUCACGACAUCAUGUCUCUCUCCAUCUGUCCACCAGGUGCUCGAGUUGCUGGAUGAGUCCAUCCCGGUGGCAGACAAAGGUUGGCAGGCGCCGACGACCACAAGAGGCAGGCUUCUAUUCGUCGAUCUUGAUGUCUCUUGUCUGUGGGUGCAGGGGGCUACAGCUGGUUCAUGUCGCUGCGCAACAAUGACUCACAGCUCAUCAACGUGGGCAACCGCUUCUCGGGCCUCACGCUCGAGAUCAAGAAGGAGUGGAGCAAAGUCAAGGAGCUCAUCAGAAAACCAUGGCAAGCACACGUAAACGGUGUGAGACACAGAAGAGGCGUCUCGUUUUCUACAGGUUGACGGAGCUGCACACAUUGCGCAAGGCGUCCUCCCACCACCCGCCGCCGCUCACGCCCCUCUCCUACACGGCGGCCAAGUGGAUUAACUUCGAGAAGACCGGCCGCACCUCGCCAACUGAUGCUGCCAGCUCCCACCAUGGGAUUGCGGGGCCAAAAGUGCAGAUCAAGACGUGGAGGGAAAACAGAUACCUCGUCGAGCGGUGCGGGCAUUAUUCGUGACGACAGAUCAGACGGACCCUCCAGAGUCUGCUCGUGUGUGAGUGGAUGCGUGCCGUGCAGGCUGGCCAAGUACGGCAGGAGGAUGGAGAAGCUGUCUCCAGCAGCUGUGGCCGUCGAUGACCACCUCACAGUAAGACUCUCCAUGCACAUACAAACAUAAACAGACAGACGCACCUCUUUCUCCGCCUCUUCACGUCUCAGCUGUAUGGAGUGGGUCUGAACCCGAUAGCAGAGGAGGGUGUCGGUGAGGGUGUGGGGAGUGAGUACCCGCAGAACGGCGAGGGCAGCCCCAUGACGCCAUCACGCAUGUCAAGACACUUCGAGGAAGAAAUCGGUAAGCCGGCCGCCAUCUCACCGACCGUUGGAUCAGUGCUGCUGUGACUGAUGUGCACAGAGCGUGGAGAGAUCGCUCUUAAGACCUACAGGUAGGUCGCGGGCACAGCAGCUGUCUGUAUGCGCCUGUCUAUGGCGUUGUGCAGGCCAGGCGGGACAGUGCGCGGCAGCCUGAGCCAGCCAGAAGAGCUGGUAAAGGGGCCCAACAUCCAGACAUUCCCGCAAAAGGUCAGCGAGACACAGAGAGAUGCACGCUCAUACGUGCCAUCCAUCCAUCCAUCCAUCCAUGUGUCUGCAGUUGUUGUUUGACACGCGGAUCGGCAAGACGACCACCCAGACUGUUCGCCUGCGCAACACGGGCACAUGUGUGCUCUUCUAUGAGUGGAUACUUCUCCCACACACGGUAGCUUUCUUCCAGAGCAACCAUCCCUUCCCACAUACACACACACACACACACAGGCAUCCACCAAUUGCACCGCAUGAAUGUCUGGCUGGCGGUGUCUUUCUCGCUGCUCUUAACGUACAGCGGUCGGUAGAGGUGGCGGAUGGUGUGUUGCCAGCUCCUCCAGUGGAGCCACAGCGCUUCUUCUGUCACCACGUGAGCACCUGGCUUACACACAUGAGUACGUCCCAUUGCAUGCCCUGUGUGUAUUGGUUGCAGCCGAAAGGCUCUCUAUUGCCUGGUUGUGACGUGGCGACCUACUUCGCCUUCCGAUCAGAGCUGCCGGGCAUGUUCCAGGAGACAUACGUCCUCCGCACAAGGUAUUGCAUACACGCAGCAUGAUAUGAUGAAUGGAUAAGGCUUGUUUCUUUCUCAUCCUCUUCAGCCCUGACGUCUUCUCGCCCCCAGACCCGUUGGAAGUCCGCGCAAUCGCACACAAGGUCAGCAAAGUCAUGCGUCAGUGAAUGUAUGACGAUAUGUGCGCAUGUGUGUGUAGGCGGAUGCCUUCGCGUCGGAUCGCGAGGAGCUGGAUCGUCGCGUGGCCCAACAGCAGCGCGUGCAUGGUGUGGAGGAGGUGCUGGAGGACGUCCUCAGGCAGGCCAAGACACCGCCACCACCGCCACCAGACAUGACGGAUCGCACGUCAGCCCAGCCCUGUGCACACACGACACGACAGCACACACAAACAUACACCACACCCAGACUUACUUAGCUUCCUCCCCUCAUUGCCCUUGUCAGUGUGCAAGAGCGCGUGUUUGAGGAGAAUGCAUCUCCGCUGCCCCUGCACUACUCGCCGCCUCGUUAUGACCAACUGUCAGCCAUCUAUGCCUCGACGGUCGCACAGCAACAGGAGGGGCAGGAGGCGAUGAUGGAGUGGAACGGGAAGGUUGGGUCGCUGUGGGAUAUUGUCGCGGAGAUAGCGGACGGUGAGGCCAAGAGGGCGUGCGAGGCUGCAGUCAUGGACUCGCUCAUUCAGGUGAGUCAGCGGGUCAACACACACGGCUGCCUCAGUUGGCGUGACCGACUUGUGAUGCACAUGAUUUGCCCACUCAGUCGCUCAGUCGGCCAUCCAUGAAGGGUGCCUUCGCUGCGGAGCUGCCGGCUCUGCUGCAGGAGUGCAUAGAGGACAUACCGGCCACCAUCAACGCCAAGAGGGAGGCGUUGGGUCUUGACGUGCUGCCCUUUAUCGGCCCGCCACCAGAUGAGCACGCAGACGAAGCCACACAACAGGAAUACCAGGCACGCAAUGUCAAUCAAACACACCAACACAGACGCGAUGACACAGACACGUGCAUCUGCACAUCAAUCAGGACGCCCUCAAUCGUUUUCUGGAGCUGCGCACACAGCAGCCGCCCACCACCGACAAGAAGAAGAAAGACACCAAAGACAAGAAAAAGGCAGAGGCAGUCGAUGAGGCACAGGACACCCAGUGGCUCACAGAGACCGUCGAAGCCACACUCGAGAGCAUCAGCGAGGCGCUGGAGCAAGCUGACAAUCGCUCCCGUAUCCGUGCCUUUGAGCAGUCUUUGUCUCAGCACCGGCACGAUCUCACUGAUCGACUCAAGGUAAGCAAGCAGAUACUUACAGAGCCUCACACACGUCUGAAUCUCUCUGUCAUUUCAGCACUAUCGUUGUCGGCUGUCGAUUGACUCACCUGCAUUGUCACUGCCCGGCAGUGUGGUGAUGCUGCUGGUGGACCUCUCAGUGCCCUUCACCCACACACAAGAGGCUGCGCAGUUCUUUGCUGCCAAGAAGGAGGGGAGGAGGGGCAAAGCAGAAGAGGAGAAAGACGUCGAGGCAGUGCUGGACGAAAUCUCCGUCGAGUGAGCCGCCAGUGCCCAUCCAGAAAAAUAGCACAUAUGUGUCUCGUGUUGCAGCAUCCUGAAGCGGCGACUGGCCAUCCUUCCUGAGAUGCUGGAGCAGGGCGUCCAGGCCGUCAUCGUGGCAGCCCACCUGGGCCCCCCUCCCUCAUUCACCCCCUCUACAAGCAACACAGACGACACAGAGGCGGCAGAGGGAGAGCACGAUACAGAAGAGGAGGGCACCAAGCGAGAUUGGUGGAUGACCGGCGAGCGGCCUGUCAGCCCUGCGGGUGGCGACAGUGGUGUGUGGUCUCUCAAGCCAUUCCUGGGUCUGGUGCAGGAUGCGGUGGAGGGCAGCGCGGCGGUGUGUGAGUUUAUCGAACACACCGAGUGGAUGAGCGACGCGAACUACGCCGACACACUGAGGUGAGUCACGGGUGGCAUGCUACUACACAACAAACGGCAAAGCCACACAUUUCUGCCUGUGUGUACUGACAGAGAGGAGCCGGAGGGCCGCGUGUAUCUGCUCGAGAACCUGACCCACAUCUACGAGCAGCACCCCCACUGGCAGAGCUCAUCACCCGCACACUGCCGCCAGAUCCCACUCGCGUACCGCCAGGCCUUCGGCCGCCACCUAGCCGCCCAGCUGCGGCCAGACUGCAUAAUCAACGACGACCUCUCCACCGCACACCAGUGCCUCACCGCCUCAUGUCUCACAUGGGAGCCUUUCCACCAUUUUCCUUUGCGUGUGAUCGGCCCCUCUGUGAGGAGUGAGGUUGUGUCUAUCGGAGAGAUGGUGCUGGGCAACGUGCAUCGGUGGCGUGAGAGGGAGGAGCCGCCGCCGCCCACUUGCCGAGUGGAUUACCUCAGGCGAUUUCUGCAGAGAGAUGUUGGCGAGGUUGGCGAGCGAGUCCAGGAGGUAUGUACAUGAGCGUGUUCUGCGGCGGCCGGAUCAGGUGUCGUGUGUGGACCCGUGUGUGCAGGUGAUAGACGAGAAUCAGGUGCGGAGGGAGAAAGAGAUGGCGCACCAGUGUCUCCCGUUCCUCACCAUCAUCUCUGGACAACCAGACGCCAGCAGCCAGGAAUCUUCCGCCACACACCUGGUGGGGCAGCUCAGGUCACUGCGGGACGCCCUCGACUUCUCGACGGCGAUCUUCCUCUGCGGUGACAUCGCCAAAUGUGUGGCCCAACACGCAUAUGCUGUCGACUGGCCGUCAGCAGCACACGCAGACGCCAGCGAGGAAGACGCAGAGAAGGAAGACAUCAUCAAAAGGGCGGUUGUGGACCUCGCUCGGAUGGCUGUCGAUCGCAAUGUGGAGCUCACCUUGCCGCAGGACGUCUCCUGCGAGUACACCGGCAAAGGGGAAGAAGGGGAAGGGGAGGAGUCGGCAGCUGAAGAGGACAAGGGCGAGCCCGCCGCUGAAGUGCCUGCCUACAAGGUUGGUGAAGUGCGCACAUUUGCCGUCCCGCCACACUCACUGGAGGCCUCAUCCGUACCAAGUGGCGAGGAGCAGCAAGCUGACGUCUUCGCGCUUGACGAAGACGCUGCUGCCCCCGCUGAUGUCGAACAGCCACAGCAGGAGCAAGACAACACAGCUGAAGACAACAAUCAUGAAGAAGGGGAGACACAGCGGGAGGCACAAGAAGCCGCGCCGCCCUCUCUGCAUCCCGUUGUUCCCGCACGUGAUGAGUGGGUGUUCCGAGAUGUGGGUCCGCUGACCGUGCAGAUGCUGGCUGCCAAGAUGCGCAAGUGCAGGGGAGUCAUGUGGAUGGGCGGGGGCCUCGGGGCGGACGACAAAGCCACCAAGAAGCUGAUACGCUACAUGGAGCAGCUCACUCACCCGUAAGCACAUCUCCCUUUUCGUGGAGGUGGAGACACGGUCGUUUAUCUCUAUCUGUGUGUCGCUGCGUAUUCGUUGUGCAGCGAGGAGGAGUUUGAGCUGUCUGAGGAUGAAGAGGAGGAGGCCGAGGAAGAAGAGGCCGAAGAAGAACAGGAAGCGGAAGAAGAGAAAGAGGAAGGCGAGGAACAGGGCGAGGGCGAGGAAGACAGGCAACAGGAUGCUCAACAAGUAAGCCACCCGCAUAUAUCUAUAGAGACACACCAUCAUCCUGCCACUCUUCAGGCCGCCACGCAGGAGACAGGUGCGGCCCCCGCACAGCCAGAGGAGCCCGACGUGGACCUGCAGCUCUCGUGUGUCAUCGGCAAAUCCAUCCUGGCCCAUGCGGUCCGCUUCCUCCGCCGCAGCGACGGGCUGACAGUCAUGUCGGCUGCAGCAGAGGGGAAUCUUUUCGGGGCGCCAGCCGGAGAGUGGCUGCCCGCGUUUGUGGCCAUGGAUGGGAGACAGUAGUGUGUCUGUGUGAGUAUGUGUGUCUCAGUGCGUGACUGUCUUUUCAUUCAAUAGCACCGUGGGC